AUGUCACAUGGAAACCCCAUCCCCCCACUGAUACCAGCUGACAAAGUUCCAGGCAAUUGCAACAAAAAGAGACCAAGGACUGAGCAGGCCAGGCAAACCGAAUGCCUGUCUGGCUUGCGUAACUGGUUCCUGCAGGUCAGGGGGCCGGGUCCGGGAAUCCCGGUGACUCAGGCUGCGGCGGGAGGGGGCGGCUCUUCCCCGCGGAGUCUCCCCCCGCCCCGCGCCUGCUGCUCCCCGGGGCGAGCCCCGGAGCCGGUGGCCGGGCGCAGGGGCGGGGGGCCGGGCCGGGGCCGCCGGAGGAGUCGCUGGGAAUCGCCGCGGCUUGGCAAGGGGCCGCGCCCGAAAGAGCUCGGCGGGAGCCCGGGCUCGCCGGCGCGGAGCUCGCACGUGCUGCGGGGGGGGGGCUGCCGCCAGGCUCUCUCCGGAGUUCCCGAGGAAGACCCGGGGGGGGGGGGCGCACACAGCGUGUCCCCCCCCCAGCUUUGCCGCGGGGCGGGGGGUGCCCGGGCUCUCGGCUGCUGGAUUCGCGGAGCUGCUGCCGGGGCUGGCCGCGCCCCAGCCCGCGGAGGAGGCGAGCCGGACUUGGCCGGGUGGAGCCGGGAACUACGUGCGAAGCGGCGGGGGCCGGCCUGGGCGCCGCGGGCCCCGAGCCGGGGACCCACCUCGGGAGAGCGGCGGUGCGUGGCCCGGCUGCCCCGGGGAGGGGCAGGAGGGGGGGGGCGCUUUCUGAUUUGGGGGCGAUUUGGUUGGGGCGGCAGCUGCUUGUCCCUGGAAGGUAAAAACGGUUUGUUGGCCAAGGGCAAAAUCCCAGCAGGAGGCCCAAGCCAGGCUGCAGGCUCGCGGAGCCGGUGGCUGCUGGGGUUGGUUCUUGCCUGUGUUUACUUUCCAGCCGGCGGGAGAGGAGGGCUAGGCUGCAACCUCUGCCUGAUUUUUAAUAGGUUUCUUUUCUCUCUCCCCCCACCCCCGAUUUUUUUUUUCUGUCGGGUGGGGGGGUCAGAGGCUGGAUUUCUGGAUUGCCAGGUGCUUGAAUGGCCUGGCCCUGCGUUCCAGGAGCAUCCAAAACUCCCCCGGAUUCCCGCGAAGUUUGCAAUAUGCCAGCUGGAGCCAGAUCUCACUAGUGCCCAGCCCUCGUUGUGGGAGGUGCUGUACACACACCUGAGGAAAGACAGUCUCUGCCCUGGAGCACUUGCAGGCUAACCGGUGAGCGAAGGGAGAGGAGUGGAGCUGCAGCUCAGCCCAGCUGGCAGAACAUCGAGAGCAGCUCUGGGACACGUUGCUGACUAGGAUUUGUAAACAUCAGACUCAGGGUAUACAGCAGCCCACGGUCCUGGACUGUCCCAGAAAUACACAACCUCCUCUUUCUGUCACCCUCCCUCCCCCUGGCGUGAGAUAAUCUCCCCCUUGCCAUCAUGUCAUGUCCUUUCUAACGCAGACUGGGCAAGGGCAGCCUCCGGUCUCUCCUCAGGCGGCAGGCCCAGCUCUGGCAGUAACAGGGAAGCUCACGAACUCUGGUGCUAUGUGCAGCCGGGGCUGGAUCGAGGGCCAUUGGCCACGUUGACAUUUUGGUAAUGUAAGGACUUGGUUUUGUCACACGUAUAG